UUUUAACCUUACUGUAACAAAAUGGCAGGCAUCAAGUUAUAAGUGUUUACAUUUCUUAUUCUUUCUUUACUUCUUCCUAAUUAUCUAUCUGCUCUAUUUCCAUUGCAUUUAAUUCAGUUAUUUAAAUCAAAUAUUCUACUUUCGUUUGGUGCAUCAGUGUCUAUCAGUAAAAGUACGUUUGUAUAUAAUAAUAGUGAAAUAUUGUGACUACAAAAAUGCAAGAAGCAUAUAUCGGAAUGGCUGACGUUUCAUUCGUGUCGCUUUAUAAUAAAUAAAUAUAUAAAGUUAUGCGUAUUUGUUUCGACUUCUAUUUGUAUUCCUGAACUUUUUUAAUUAAAUGGCUAUAUGGAAAUGGCGGAUUUGACAAAAUUUGAAUAACAGUUUUUAAAGGAUAUUAUAAACAAUUCAUUAAUAAGGAUGUUAACCUUAAACAAAAAUGAUACCAACUGUUUUCUACAACUUAAAGCACCGCAGAAUUUGAAACCACCACCAACACCACCUCCAUUUAUUCUAAACAAACAAGAGAAUAAAGUUGAUAAUCAGGAUUAUAGAUUUGAAACGAACAGAUUACAAACUUUUGAAGAUUGGCCAGUGAAUUUUAUGGAUCCUAAAGAUCUUGCAGCAGCUGGUUUUUAUUAUUUGCAUUCAGAAGACAAAGUAAGAUGUUUCGAAUGUAAGAUAGAAGUAUAUAAUUGGGAAGAAGGAGAUGUACCUAUGAAAGAUCAUAAACUUCAUUCACCAAGAUGUCGAUUUGUUAGAAACAUUCCAUGCGGCAAUGUACCCAUUGGUGUUGAUCCUGACACUGUACCAUUACCAACCCCUCGUGAAAAUGACGUUUGUGGAUUAUAUGAGAUAGGAGGUCAACCAUCAAAUCAAACGUAUAGUACAGAAUUAUCCCGUCUACUGCUUCCGUCAGACGCCAAGUUGAGAUCUUUAGGUGUUCACAAACCGAAACAACCAAUAUAUCACAAAUAUGCUAAUUUAGAAUUAAGAAUAGCUUCUUUUGAUACAUGGCCUAAACCGAUGAUAUCUAGUAAAAAAUUGGCAGAAGCUGGUUUUUUCUAUACAGGAGAAGAAGAUCAAACAAUGUGUUUUCAUUGCGGUGUAGGUUUAAAAGAUUGGGAACCAAAUGACGAUCCAUGGUUUGAACAUUUUAAAUGGUUUCCAAAAUGUCAUUUUCUUUUAAUGUUCAAAGGUAAAGAAUAUGCAGAUGUAGAUGGACAAUAUAUUAAAUUAUCAGAGGAAACAAGACAAACUCCAUUAGAGGAGGUUUUUGAAGGUAUAAACCUUGAAAGCAAUAGUGAUUCAAAUACUAUCUCAGAAAACAAUGUUGCAGGCAGUUCGUCAAGUUUCGUUAGCUCUGCAGUAGCAAAAGAACAUGACUUAGUUUCAAAACAAUUAAGUAAGCCUAUAGAUGAUGGAAGAUUAUGUAAAAUCUGUUUCAAUGCAGAAAUGGGAGUAGUUUUUUUACCUUGCCAACACAUGGUUGCAUGUGGAAAUUGUGCAUCUGUAAUAACAAAUUGUGCUGUUUGCCGACAACCUAUAGAUCUAAUUAUGCGGGUAAUAAUGUCAUAGGACAAGAAAAACUAACAAUAAUUAUUGUCAUUUUUUCCAUUUCAAUCUUUACAAUUUCUUGUUUAAUCCUCCAACCGCAGGCAACGUGAAAUUCGAAAUAAUUUGUAAAAUUUAACGAGUCAAUGCUAUUAUCGCGUCGACCUUUUUAUUUUUACAAAUUAAAAAAAAAAUAGCUUGCGGUUGGGGGAAUUUAAUAAUGUAACAAAUAAAACAAACUUUCACUUAUUUCACUUUCAUGAUUAUAUAAAGUGAAAUAAAUUCAUUUAUAAAUCACUAAUAAAUAACAAAACAAAACAAAA